UUUCAAAAUGGAGGAUGAUGGACAUUCAUGGAGARGAGAGACCUCGAUUUCUUUGCCGUUGCUUUUUUACCCAUAAUAUUUUUCUUGAAGAGUAUAAAGCCCAUAUAAUUUUUGAAGAUGAACAGCAGUUUACUCAGCAAUACAGACAGCAUUUGAGACUUAGAGGAUGCGUUUCGGACGAUCAGUGGCGAAGUUUAGUUUUGAAGAUUAAAAAAGAAAUUGAAAGGAGAAAGUCUCUUGGAGAAGAAGCAAGGCAAAGAAAAGAGAUCAUUYUGCAAAAUUUUAGACCAAAGCACCCUCAGAUUUAUCACCUCAAGCAAUCAUACCUUGAUAAAAGAUUUUUGGACAUUGUAAAGUUCUGUAAAAGUGAAGAGRCAAAUGUAAAAGACUUGUUACUGCUUCUGCAAAAAUGCAAUGGGGAACAAAUAUACAGAUUUCCAGUUUUCACAAAGGAAUUUUGCAAGUUGUUAUUGGAAGAACUUUCACAUUUUGAGGCAUCUGAUUGUCCAAGAGGAAGACCAAAUACUAUGAAUAACUAUGGGAUAUUACUUGAUGAACUUGGCUUUGACAAAGAUUUCCUUACACCACUAAGAAAGGAAUACCUUGUACCAAUAACAGCCCUACUCUACUCCCAYUGGGGUGGUGAUAGUCUAGACUCUCAUAAAGCCUUCACAGUUCASUACAGGACUGGUCAGGAUAUUGAUCUUAGCUAUCACUAUGAUAAUGCUGAGGUAACCCUGAAUGUUUGCUUAGGGAAGGAGUUUUCAGGUGGUGAGCUAUAUUUUGGAGAUAUGAGACAGGUUUCUAUGCAAGAAACAAACUGUUUUGAAGAAGAAAAUAUACCAGAAUAUGGAAUCCUGCAYAGAGGUCAACACAUGCAUGGAGCAUUGCCUAUUUCUGAUGGAGAAAGAUGCAAUCUUAUCAUAUGGAUGAGGUCAUCAAAAGUCCGCAAUAAYUUAUGCCCAAUGUGCAAUAGAAAACCAUCACUGGUUGAGACACUUGGAAAUGGUGAUGGGUUUACAGCUGAUAAUUAYAWUGUAGAUGUUUCUGUUUGUUCARCAUURUAGUUUUUGUAAAKAGAAACAUGGAACAAYCUUCCUCAGGGAGAAUUCUUGUAAACUGCUUGCAAGGUGGUCAAGUUAAAGAUUAUUUUUGAUCUUCACUUGCAUUGAUGAAGUAAAAUGACCAUUUUUCCAAGA